AUGCUUCCUCUGAUGUCCGCCGCGUCGCUGCUGCCGCACUCCCUCUCGUCCCGCUCGUACCUCUCGUGCCUUUCAUUCCUGUCGUGCGUGUGCCUGUGGUGCUUAUCGCGCGUAUCGGCCGUGGGUGCGGUCGCGGCGGGCCCUACUAGGUCCGGCGCGCUACAGGGCUCCACGUUGCUCCUCCCCACCUCCUGCUUCCUCGCGCUCAAGGUACCGCCGCCCCGGCAUUCCCUGUUGCUCGCUCUCCGCGCUUCUUCUCCCCCUCUCCCCUCCACCUCCCCCCUCCCUCUCUUCCCCACCCCAUUCCCCCAUCCCCCUCUCCUCCUUGCUAGAGCACCCCUCCUUCCCCCCACCCUUCUCUCUCUCACACACACACGCACGCCUCUCUUUGUAGACGCGUGCGACUUUGCGUUCAACGGGUCGCUGGGCUUCGUGCCGCUCUACUCGCUCGAGGCCAUGCAGCCCAACGCGCCCUUCUCCGACGGCGUGCUGCACUCCAAGAAGGCAGCCCACGUGGUGUAUGGCAAGCUGAAGGACCGAUGCAACGUGGUCAACGCAUGGAAU